UAUCAUGUCGGACACCGAAGAAAGAGAGAAAUCUUCUGUUUCCAAAGAGGAAGAGGAAGAAAGUGAAGAUGUGAAAAAAGGAGAAUCGGACAAUGAUGAAGAUGCUAAUCAUGAAGACAUGGAUGAUGAUGAAUCAUCCACGAAAUUUGAAACCUCAACUGCUGCUUUAAAUGAGUCCUCAAACAAAAGUCCAAGUCCAAGGAAAAAGAAACAGGCAGCUAAAAAGGUGGAGGAGCAAGAAGAGGAGGAUGAAGAGGAGGAAGGGGAAGACGAGGAUGAAGAAAGUGAUGAUGGUGAACCAAAACUUGGACUACUAGAGCGACCAGUUGUAAUAGAAUCCGGUAAGAGACAGAAGAAGAAGGUGGAAAGACUGGAUAUAUCUGGCAAUGCAACACCAAAAGAGAAGAAGCAGAUUGAAUUUGAUGGUGCUGGUUUGAAACUUGGAGACUGUCCCAGAAUUGAGUUGCAGAUACAGAGGAAUAAGGCUGAAGAUUUAAAAUUGUUGCACAGAUAUUUGUUUGGAUUACGUGGUGCUACUAAUACUGUGAAGAAAAAUCUCCGCAACUUCAAUGGAUUUAGCUUUGAAAAGGAUGACAAGGAGUACGAGAAAAAAGCAGCUUCCCUUAUUAAAUAUACAAUGGCAAUGUUAAAGCAGCUGUGUGGAAUAUUGGAUCUAGAAAGACAGGGAUCAAAGGAACAGGUCAUUGAACGAUUAAUGACUUUUUGUAUGGCACCAAAAGAUUCAGGGAAAAAAGUGCCCAAACCAAAACGAAAAAGGGGACCUGGAGCAAAGAAAGAGAAGGGCGUGAAAAGAAAAAGAGCAUCUAAAAAAGAGAUGGAAGAGAGGAGAAAGAAUGCUAAAAAAGCACAAGAAGAUGAGGAUGAUGAAGAUGAGGAUGAAGAAGAGAGUGUGGAGGAUAGCGAGGAUGAGGAAGAAGAGGAAAAGGAAUCUGAAAAGUCAGAAAGUGAGGAAGAGGAAUCAGAGGAGGAGGAGGCCCCUAAAAAGAAAAAGAGAAAAAUAGAAACUCCAAAGAAAAGAUCUCCAAAAGAAAAAAAAGCUAAAAAACCAGCUGUCAAGAAAGAGACAAAGAAACCAAAGGUUACACCCAAAAAAGUUGCAGCUCCAGUUGUAUCUGACUCUGACUCGGAUGAAAGUGAUGAUUCGGAUGAUGAACCACUUCAAAAGAAGGCAAAACCGUCACCCCCAACAAAUGAUGACUUGAAGACACUGAUAAAGAAAAUCCUAGACAAAGCUAAUCUUGAAGAGGUCACAAUGAAAUCAGUUAUUAAAGAGGUUUAUGGGAAAUAUCCAUCAUUCGACCUGACAGAUAGAAAAGACUACAUUAAGAAGACAGUAAAACAGUUAAUCACAUGAUGGUUCGUUUGAGAGGUCACUGUUGGUCAUAACACUAUGAAGAUUCUCCAUCCACGUCCCACAACAUUGUUGGAGUUACAGCCCCAGGAUAGGGAAAAGGGACUUAAACAGAUAUCUAGAUAACUUCACUGAUGACUGUCUGUCUUCACAUAUCUCUUUAACCAUGUCAUGUCUAUCUUCAUCGCCUCAGGGGAAUUAGUUAGAGUGGCAAUGUGUUGGGAUAAUCAUACUACAUUAACAGUUACUUCUGGGUGGAAUUAAAACAGAAUUCUGUGUCUGAUGUUUGAAGCGAUGGGAUCAGAUUUCACACACCAGAUACAUGGGAAAACCAUACAUCUUUAAAACAAACAUUUUAUGUGCCAAUAUCAGAUUUAUAUUGUAAAACAUCAUACUAUGAAUGUAUGAACAUUUUUAGAAUCCAGAGCACUCGAGAUAUAUUUUUUAUUUUGCAGUUAAUUUUUAAGUUAAAAACAUUGAUGAUUUAAUAAAAUUUAAGUAAAAUUCAAAUUUCUUUACCUCAAAAACUAAAAAAAGACAGGGAGAACUCAGAAAAAUUUGAUACUUGUGUUGAUAUUGUGAACAUGACUGAAGAGAACAUGAUGUCUAUUUUGAUCUGUUAAAUUGUGCAUUUUAAGAUAUUUUGAAUAUUUUUUUUAUCCAAUUAAUAUCUAUCAGAUUUAUUUUUUUUUAAUUUUCAUUGCAAUAUUGAGUUUGCCAUGUACAGCUCAUCAUUGUAUAUGUGCAACAUAAGUUCAGGAGUGCAGGACUCCAGGCUAACCAAGGUGCCCAUCUAUAGAAUUUGAACAAAAGUAAACCUGGAAGUAAUGGACAGGAAACACAAUUAUACAUAAAUGGGAAUGAUUUUUUUUUAUUUCUGAUUUCAGGCUGUAGAGGAUUUACUGUUAAUUGAUCUCUAUUCCACCAAACAAGCACCUGUUAUGUUGUGAGAUUUUUUUAUUAUUGUAUCUAUAUAAUAUAGAGGUGACAGUUAAUAAUGACUUCUUGUAGUCUACAAUAUCUCAGACAUUUAACUUUUCAUGUCACAGAAGAAAUUUCGUGAAUAGAUAAAAAAAAAAAAAAAAAAUUACCAACAUCACCAUUACAUUCAAUAGAUUGUUUGUUUAUAAAGAAAAUUUGUUUACAUGAAGGACAUACACUAUUUAUGAAAGAAACUUCACUACAGUAAUGCCAAGCUGGUCAUAGCUUGAAUACCAAUUUUAUUUUUUUAUUACAAUGUCAUUUUAAGUGUUUGAAAAAUGUGUCAUACGUGCAUGUAAAUACCCAUCAAUGUGUACAUUUUUACAUUAAUACAUUGUAAUGGUCUUUGUUAUAUAUGUCUGUUAGAAGGAUGCUAUGUGUAGUUUGUGUAUUGUAGCUGUAAAAGCCUUUUUAAGGUUUGGCUGUAGAAUAAUAUUCCAGUGUACUUUUUUUAAAUCUAUAACUUUCCAUAAGAGAGGGUGUAAUUAACAGUGAAAACAUGGGCAGCAUUUGAUGUAGUGUAGAAGAUUAUAGCACUUGUGGAUAUUUAAUGCGUUGUUAUAAACUCUAUUAGGACUCUUUCAUUCUUGUCUCUUGUUAUGCCGAAAAAACAACUUUUAUAUAACAGAGGUCAUUAUUUAUUGAAAUACCUCUGCUUGAACUCCAAACCUCGGAGCUCUGCUUCACUAAUAUUACAUUCAACUGAUAAAGUGAAGAUCUCUCUAGCCAGGUGGAGUAUUGCAGGCUUACCAACGGCUGGUAUUUACCGGGGUUUUUACCGGGGUUACAUUUAUGGAACUCAACUUUUAAUGGGGGGUUGUCUUACUUAUAUUUCCACAAAAGUUACAAAAUCUUUAUUGAGAAUUAUCAUGAAUUUGCUUUUUGGUGUUCAUUCAAACUGUAAAAGUGAUUUGAAGUUGAUCGUCAUAUCUAUUUGUGAAGUAGAUAUUCUGAAAGAGAAAUAAAUGUGGAAUGGAAUGCGGAGUAACAAAAUUGUUUAUUUAUAUUAUGCAAUAAUAACCUUUUGAAGGAGUCUUACCUGAUUAUGAAUCUAAGAUUGCAAUGCAAAGUUAAACAUAUUGAUGGUUUUUAUUGUCAUGAUGUGACAGAAACGUGUUGGAAGUAAAAGUAUUUUAAAAGUCAAAUUUGUUUAGUUAGAUUUUAGAAUGUUUCAUUCCAUUCAAGGCAGAAUAUGAGUGUGAUAACUAAUAAGUUUGGCAUUCAUUGAGAGUGGGAACUUCUUUAAUUUUAACGUUUUGGACACUUUUCAUAAAUAAUGUACUUUGAUGUAUACGUCAAGUUUUCUGCUUGUUCAGCGAUAUAUAUAUAUAUAUUUUUUUUGGAAAAUAUUUGUUUUUAGGAUUUCCUGAUAUUAAAAUAAUUCAGAAUUUUUAAAACUUUGUUCUGCGGAAAGUGUAAUUACUGUAACAACAAAGAAAGAAUUCGAUCACAGGGUAUACAACAAAAAUCAGGUCAAAGUUAUCGGUAAUAGAAAAUUGAUAAAUGUCUUGCUGGAUUAUUGAAAUUAGCAAGAACAUCGUCUGAUCCACCUCUUUUGUCUACAUAACUUCAAUAAAGCUUAUACAAUUUAAUUCAAUAUAAGAAUAUUUGAAUUUUUCACCAAUUUUUUCCUUAUUUCUCUUUUUACAAUAUAUGUUUGCUAGUCUAAAUUUUUGACUGGACAUCUACAAUGGUAUGGCAUUGUCCAUCUGUCCCUCUUGUGCAGAUCUUUCUCCCAUUGUUUUCAACCAAUCUUCUCCAAGCUUGGUAGACUUAAUCACCACAACACAAAGCUGUGUUUUCCUGAACUGCUGGUUAAUUCUACUGUAUUUGGAAGAGUUACUCUCCUUUGUUGUCAUAGUGUUAAUGUUGUCCAAUGAGAUCUCUCCGUUUUCAACCGAUAUCUUUCAAAACUUGGUAGGCCUUAUUAAAACCAUUACAUGAAAGAGUAUUUUCCUUAUUUGCUUUGUGAUUUUAUAAUUUUGGGAAACGAUAAAGCCCUUUGGGUUUCCUUUCUUUGUCUUUUUUAACAUUUUUACCUUGUCCAGAUAUCUCCUACCUUAGUUUUUAACGAACUUCCUUUGAAACUUGGGUAGGCUUUAAAACCACAGCAUGAGAUAUUUCAAAAAGUUGCCUUUUCUCGUGAAUAUUUCCUUGGCAUGGAAAGGGCAUAUAUUAUUCCAUCCCACAGACUCUCUCGUUGUCUUGGAGGCUUAGUCAUUCGAGAUAAUAUUCAAUGUAUUGAUAAUAUUAUCAGAGGUUGUAUCCAAAUCAACCGAAUACAACGGAGACGUUUUGUGAGAUUAUAUUUUUUUGUUAAGGAACUCCAUUGAAUCCUAUAAAUAGAUCCACGUGAGGAAACUACCGUAAAUUGUUGGAUCAACUGAUAACAACAUUUUUAAAAACAGGGAUUAACCAAGACAAGAAUGUUUGAUGUUCUCAAUUAAAUAAAAUAUUUUUCUUUGUUGUUCAACUUGAUAUGAUAAACACUGUUAGAGACUGAAUAUCUUAGUUCUGUAGUAAAUGUUUAUUGUUGUGAAAUAAUGGGCCAAGAAACAAUGAUUUUAAGAAACUUUAAUAAACAUUUGCCAAAUAUGCUAUGAACUACAUGUAUUAUGAAUCAGGAUGAAUCUUUCUAAAACACCAUUUUCAUUUAUCUGUCAUACAUGUACGACUUGUUUGUCAGAAAUAUAAGAUUUUA